CUCAGCCCAACGCGAUUGGUCGCAUCCGAAUCUAGUGAAGUGCCCACGGACCGACCUUUCGCCUUGUUCGUCCACUUGCACUCUGGCUGGCCACCCCACACCCCACCAGCCACCACGUCACAGCACGUCGACCGAGCGCAGCCUUCUAUCUCUCCAUCACCACACAUCAUGACCACCGAGAAAGUCAACUACCAGUCGAUUCCUCGGGACCUGAGUCCGCUCACGUCCCCGGCCGCGAGCCCUCGACGAACCGCGCACUGGUACUUGCAAAUGUUCCUCAUCAACUUUAUCGAGUUCGCCGCGGAAUCGUCGCGCGGAAUUGUCAUGCCUACGAUCUUCCUCUACUGCCAGUCCCUUGGCGGCACCCUCGUCGACAUGGGCAUGCUCACGUCUGUGUUCAGCGUCGGCCGCCUCAUUUCGUCGUUUGUGUUUGGCUGGAUGUGCGAUCGGUACACGUUCCGCACGGUGUACAUCCUGUCGUCGUCCCUGGGGAUCGUCGGGAACAUCAUCUACCUUUUUGCCGAUCCGCACGUGCUUAGCAGCCUCCAAGUGCUGCUCAUUUCUCGUUUUUUUGUGGGUUUUGGCGCUGGAAAUCGAAGCGUGUGCCGCGCCGACGUCGCGCGCAUGACGUCAGUGGACCAACGACUCAAGUACAUGACCAUUCUGUGCAUGGUGGUGUUCCUCGGGUACGCGUUGACGCCAGGGAUGGGUGCCGUGCUUGUGGGCGUCGACGUCAACAUAUUCGGGCUGCAUCUGCAUGCACUCACCGCCCCUGGGUUCAUCCUGUCGAUCCUCAACUUGAUCACGCUGACGCUGAUGCUCUUUGUCUACGACGAAAGCAUGAACUCGGACCACGCGCCCAUCUCGACCCCCGUUCUAAAGAAACCCUCCAUCACCAGCAAGGGACCCGCGUUGCUGUCGUCCCCGCUACUCAACUCGACGUACGAACUGCCGACCAACUUGGUGUACAUUGGGGUUGGCGUGUUCAUGGUGCUCAACAUCAUCGGCCGCGGCAUACUGUCCAUCUUUGAAACGAUCAACGUGCCGUUGUACCUGGACGUGACGGGCUACUCGAACGCCAACGCCGUCGCAUCCGCCGCGUCGUUCCAGUUCAACAUGGGCCUGCUGGGGCUGCUCAGCUACCUCGCCAUUGAAGUGUUUCGCCACAAAAUCGCCGAUACGGCGUGGCUAUUGAUUGGUUUAGCCGCGCUCGUCGUCGGCAACACGCUUCUGUACUUCUUGUGGCCACUUUCGUUCAACGAGAUGGCGCUCGGCAUCUUCUUCGUGUGGAGUGUCGGCAGUCCGCUCAUCACGGCCGUGUCCGUGGCGGCCUUCUCGAAAAUCCUCGGCUCCCGGCAACAAGGCACGUGGAUGGGCAUCCUCGGCUCCACCGCGUCCGUGAGCCGCAUCGUGCUGCCGCUGCUCCCAGCGCUCUUUGCCACGUUCUCCCCAAUGUUCCUCAUCAGCUUGAUCAUGGCAGCAGUGGGCAUUGUGCUGCUUGUGUGGUACGAACGACUAGUCAACGACGACAAGGACACGUACGGAGCGUUACGAACAAUCUCCCACGUCUAGACAGACGCGUUGAUUUCGACGACUUAGCAAGAAUUUGUAGCAUAACCAAAACAACAUAGAGGGACUUAUCUUUUGA